CCCUCGCUCAUGGCGGCGGCGGCAGCGGCGGCGCUGGCGGCGCUCGGCGGCCGGAGCCGGAUCCUGUAGCCGGGGUGUGGGCCCGCGUCAGUCCGUCCCUCCUUCGGCCCGCUCGCUUGUCUUCCGGAGUGUGGCUGGCAGAGCCGGGAUGGCGGAGCGAGGCCUGGAGCCGGCGCCGGCUGCGGUGGCAGCACUGCCGCCCGAAGUGCGGGCGCAGCUGGCGGAGCUGGAGCUGGAGCUCUCGGAGGGGGACAUCACACAGAAGGGAUAUGAAAAGAAAAGGUCAAAACUCCUGUCUCCUUACAUCCCGCAGACACAAGAAACUGAUUCAGCAGUACAGAAAGACCAUAGAAACCAGACACCUGCUCCAUCUGCACCUCAAACUUCUGCUCCUUCUAAGUACCACCGAACCCGAUCUGGGGGAGCCAGGGAUGAACGAUACCGAUCAGAUAUCCACACAGAAGCAGUUCAAGCUGCACUGGCAAAGCAUAAAGAACAGAAAAUGGCUUUGCCCAUGCCCACCAAAAGGCGGUCCACAUUUGUCCAGUCUCCUGCGGAUGCCUGCACACCUCCUGACACGUCUUCGGCCUCUGAGGAUGAGGGCUCUCUGAGACGCCAAGCUGCGCUCUCUGCUGUCUUGCAACAGAGCUUACAGAAUGCUGAGUCCUGGAUCAACCGUUCAAUUCAGGGAUCGUCUACUUCUUCAUCUGCAUCUUCUACGCUGUCCCAUGGAGAGGUCAAAGGAACCAGUGGGUCUCUAGCUGAUGUGUUUGCCAAUACUCGAAUAGAGAACUUCUCUGCUCCCCCUGACGUCACUACAACUACCUCUUCUUCAUCAUCAUCUUCCUCAAUACGCCCAGCAAAUAUUGAUCUGCCCCCUUCGGGGAUAGUUAAAGGCAUGCACAAAGGAUCCAACAGGUCCAGCCUUAUGGAUACAGCAGAUGGUGUUCCUGUCAAUAGCAGAGUAUCCACAAAAAUCCAGCAGCUUCUCAACACUCUGAAACGACCCAAAAGGCCUCCCUUAAAAGAAUUUUUUGUGGAUGACUCUGAAGAAAUUGUGGAAGUACCUCAGCCAGACCCCAACCAACCCAAGCCUGAGGGACGGCAGAUGACCCCUGUGAAGGGAGAGCCACUGGGAGUCAUCUGUAACUGGCCUCCUGCCCUUGAGUCUGCCCUGCAGCGCUGGGGCACCACUCAGGCAAAAUGCCCCUGUCUGACUGCACUGGACGUAACCGGUAAACCAGUUUACACCCUCACUUACGGAAAGUUGUGGAGUAGAAGUUUGAAGUUGGCCUACACUCUGCUUAAUAAACUGGGGACCAAAAAUGAACCUGUAUUAAAACCUGGAGACAGGGUAGCCCUGGUUUACCCCAACAAUGAUCCUGUCAUGUUUAUGGUGGCUUUUCAUGGAUGUCUCCUGGCAGAAGUGAUUCCUGUGCCUAUAGAGGUACCUCUUACCAGAAAGGAUGCUGGAGGGCAGCAGAUUGGCUUCUUGCUAGGAAGCUGCGGUAUUGCCUUAGCUCUUACUAGUGAAGUUUGUCUAAAGGGAUUGCCAAAAACCCAGAAUGGAGAAAUUGUACAGUUUAAAGGUUGGCCCCGGCUCAAGUGGGUUGUAACAGAUUCCAAGUACCUUUCAAAGCCACCUAAAGACUGGCAGCCCCACAUCUCACCUGCUGGUACAGAACCAGCAUACAUUGAGUAUAAAACAAGCAAAGAAGGGAGUGUCAUGGGAGUUACAGUGUCCCGCCUUGCAAUGUUGUCUCACUGCCAAGCUCUGUCCCAGGCCUGCAAUUAUUCUGAAGGAGAAACAGUAGUAAAUGUUUUGGACUUUAAGAAAGAUGCUGGGCUAUGGCAUGGCAUGUUUGCGAAUGUAAUGAAUAAGAUGCACACCAUUAGUGUGCCCUACUCGGUUAUGAAGACCUGCCCUCUCUCUUGGGUCCAAAGAGUACAUGCCCACAAAGCCAAGGUGGCUUUAGUGAAAUGCCGAGACUUGCACUGGGCUAUGAUGGCACAUCGGGACCAAAGAGAUGUGAGCUUGAGUUCCCUCCGGAUGUUGAUCGUGACGGAUGGAGCUAAUCCCUGGUCUGUGUCUUCCUGUGAUGCCUUCCUGAGUCUGUUCCAAAGCCAUGGUCUGAAACCUGAGGCCAUCUGUCCAUGUGCUACUUCUGCUGAAGCCAUGACGGUUGCAAUCCGCAGGCCUGGAGUUCCAGGGGCCCCUUUGCCGGGAAGAGCCAUUCUCUCCAUGAAUGGAUUGAGCUAUGGGGUAAUCCGAGUGAAUACUGAAGAUAAAAAUUCAGCACUGACAGUCCAGGAUGUGGGACAUGUAAUGCCUGGGGGGAUGAUGUGCAUUGUGAAACCCGACGGACCUCCCCAACUCUGCAAAACAGACGAAAUUGGAGAAAUCUGUGUCAGCUCCAGAACAGGAGGCAUGAUGUACUUUGGGCUUGCUGGUGUGACAAAAAAUACGUUUGAGGUGAUUCCAGUGAAUUCUGCAGGCUCUCCUGUUGGGGAUGUGCCAUUCAUCCGGUCAGGAUUGCUGGGGUUUGUAGGGCCAGGCAGCUUGGUCUUUGUGGUUGGAAAAAUGGACGGGUUACUGAUGGUUAGUGGCCGAAGACAUAAUGCUGAUGACAUUGUUGCUACUGGAUUGGCUGUUGAAUCAAUAAAGACUGUUUAUAGAGGAAGAAUUGCUGUGUUUUCUGUGUCUGUAUUUUAUGAUGAGCGCAUCGUGGUAGUUGCGGAACAAAGACCUGACGCUUCUGAGGAAGAUAGUUUCCAGUGGAUGAGCCGUGUGCUCCAGGCAAUCGAUAGCAUUCAUCAAGUGGGGGUUUAUUGUCUUGCUCUGGUACCUGCCAAUACAUUGCCCAAAACUCCACUGGGAGGGAUCCAUAUAUCUCAGACAAAACAGCUCUUUCUGGAGGGAUCGCUCCAUCCUUGCAAUAUCCUCAUGUGCCCACAUACAUGCGUGACCAAUUUGCCAAAACCCCGGCAAAAGCAACCAGGUGUCGGCCCUGCUUCUGUGAUGGUUGGGAAUCUGGUUGCAGGAAAACGCAUCGCACAAGCUGCCGGAAGGGAUCUUGGGCAAAUUGAAGAGAAUGAUUUGGUGAGGAAGCACCAAUUUCUGGCAGAGAUUUUGCAGUGGCGAGCCCAGGCAACUCCUGACCACGUACUCUUCAUGCUGUUAAAUGCCAAGGGAACUACAGUGUGCACAGCCAGCUGCCUCCAGCUUCAUAAGCGAGCAGAGAGGAUUGCGGCAGUUCUUGGUGAUAAGGGACAUCUGAAUGCAGGAGACAAUGUGGUGUUGCUCUAUCCACCUGGCAUCGAGUUAAUUGCUGCGUUCUACGGCUGCCUGUACGCAGGCUGCAUACCUGUGACUGUCCGCCCUCCUCAUGCUCAGAACCUCACGGCCACGUUGCCCACUGUCCGCAUGAUUGUUGAUGUCAGCAAGGCAGCCUGCAUUCUCACCACGCAGACCCUAAUGAGGUUACUGAGGUCCAGAGAGGCAGCGGCAGCUGUGGAUGUGAAAACCUGGCCAACUAUCAUUGACACAGAUGAUUUACCCAGGAAGAGGUUGCCUCAGCUGUAUAAACCGCCUACUCCUGAGAUGCUGGCGUAUCUUGACUUUAGUGUCUCCACAACCGGCAUGCUUACGGGAGUGAAGAUGUCCCACUCUGCAGUCAAUGCUCUCUGUAGAGCCAUCAAGCUCCAGUGUGAGUUGUAUUCCUCUCGGCAGAUCGCCAUCUGCCUUGACCCUUACUGUGGACUUGGCUUUGCACUCUGGUGUCUCUGCAGUGUCUAUUCAGGUCACCAGUCCAUCUUAAUUCCUCCCAUGGAGUUAGAAAACAACCUUUUCCUCUGGCUCUCCACUGUCAACCAGUACAAGAUAAGAGACACUUUCUGCUCCUAUUCAGUGAUGGAGCUCUGCACCAAGGGGCUUGGAAACCAGGUGGAGGUGCUGAAGACCAGGGGAAUCAACCUCUCCUGCAUCCGGACGUGUGUGGUGGUGGCCGAGGAGCGGCCCCGCAUUGCCCUCCAGCAGUCCUUCUCCAAGCUCUUCAAGGACAUCGGUCUGUCCCCUCGGGCUGUCAGCACCACUUUUGGAUCCAGAGUCAACGUAGCGAUAUGUUUGCAGGGAACCUCAGGGCCUGACCCAACGACUGUGUAUGUAGAUCUGAAAUCAUUAAGACAUGACAGGGUUCGUCUUGUGGAACGGGGUGCCCCUCAGAGUCUGCUCCUCUCCGAGUCUGGGAAGAUUUUACCUGGAGUGAAAGUAGUUAUUGUUAAUCCAGAGACCAAAGGGCCUGUUGGAGACUCUCACCUUGGAGAGAUUUGGGUGAACAGUCCCCACACAGCCAGUGGCUAUUACACCAUCUACGAUAGUGAGACUCUUCAGGCUGAUCAUUUCAACACUCGCCUCAGCUUUGGGGAUGCUGCUCAGACCCUCUGGGCCCGGACGGGAUACCUGGGUUUCGUCCGUCGGACUGAGCUCACAGCAGCCACCGGAGAGCGACAUGACGCACUGUACGUGGUGGGAGCCCUGGACGAGACGCUGGAGCUGCGAGGCCUGCGAUACCACCCCAUCGACAUUGAGACCUCGGUGUCCCGGGUCCACAGGAGCAUUGCUGAAUGUGCCGUGUUCACGUGGACCAACUUGCUCGUCGUGGUUGUGGAACUGUGUGGCUCUGAACAGGAAGCCCUAGAUCUGGUCCCUUUAGUGACAAACGUGGUCCUGGAAGAGCAUUACCUCAUCGUUGGCGUCGUGGUUGUGGUGGACCCAGGCGUUAUCCCCAUCAAUUCCAGAGGCGAGAAGCAGAGGAUGCACCUCCGAGACAGCUUCCUCGCUGACCAGUUAGACCCCAUCUAUGUGGCUUAUAACAUGUAACCAGCCUUGUGGGGAUGACAGGGGGCCAUCCCGCAAAACCACAAGGACCAAAGACCCAUGACUAGGAGCAAGCUUUCAAAUGGUGUGAAAUAAGCUGGGAUGGCUACCUUAUAUCCUUCAUCUCAUCCUGUGGGCUUCUGCAAUCACACGACACACAGGAAAGGGGAAUUCUGUGGGGGCAAAUGAAAAAAAUGUUAACAGUCUGUUAGUCAUGAGCUUUGACACGGCGUGAGCAGCAUGUUACUAAAGCAGUUACAUGCAUGUUGCAUUUUUUUCAUCUGUUGUAAAUACUUGUAUUUUUAUCUAAUGCUGUUUUAGAAUUUUGUAAGGGAGUUUAAUGAAUUCACACGAAGGGGGUAGUCUGAGUUACACAGUUCCCCGCUCUGUACUGUAUUUUGCCAUUUUACCAUAGUUGGACAUUCUGCGGUUUUUGUUAACAUGGAACUACUCGGCUCCCUUUCAGCAGACCCGUAAGCAAAUCAGAUAACCCACGGAAUAUGAGAAUGAUUAUAUAUGUAAUUCUCCACUCUAAAACAUUUUGACCAGUGUUUUAAAUGUGUAAAUAGAAGCACACAUAAUUCAGCUAAAACAUUGAAGAAUUGGCUUUGUAUAGUUAUAACCACUAAAGUAGAAGCAUUUCUACUUUGAGAGACUCUCAGUAUUCCCUUGAUGCAGUGUAACUGAAUAGGUGACUAAAAAGUGCAAACUGGUUGCAGGUUUUGCUGCCCAUUGUUCUAUGUCUCUGUUGGCUGGUGUAUUUUAUAAACUGAAGCCGCCUAUGUUUGUUUUUAAAGCAUAUAUUCCCAGACUCAGCUUGUGCUUUUAAGAAUUCAGUCUAUUUCUAUAAGCUGAAAAAAACCUCAGUUGAAAAAUCAAAAUGUUAGGAAAAAGCUAAAAUUCAUGAGAUCCCACCCAAUUCUAAGGAACCACAAUAACUGGCUCCGGCCCCCAGUGUUGAAACUGUCUUGCGCAUUUAGAGUGACUGCAUAAGAAUUUUAGAAUUUUUCUCUUUUCCGGGCCCAUUGUAAACGGUGUCCACAGUUACACACAUAGCUUCUCUUUUCUGAAAACUGAAGAGCAUCCUCUGUUCUGCCAGUUCACGGGGGCAGGGAUUUUAAGAACCAGAUCAACAGUCUGGGAAGGCAGUGGGAUCUACAGUCACGUGAAGGCGUCAGACCGCAUAACGACGCACCUCAAAACUGACCUGACCGAUUUGGGUUGCCGUAUAGCCAGGCUUAUGCUGAAAUGGGGAAGUCUGAUGUAUGCAAGAAACUCUUUUGAAAUAACUGCGGUGCCCAGGCCAAGCGGACUGAGCUUGGGACUGAGUUUGGCCUCUGGCUCAGUUUCCUUUCUUAGUCUAAUACUUCAUGUAUUUGAAUAUAGUUGAAUUUUAUUAUUUUUUUCUUACAGAAAUAUUUUUAAAAUUAAAAAAAAAAAAAGACUCAAAGCGAACAGAGUUAACUUGUUAAAUCAGAAUGGUUCUCUUUGACCCACUCUGGUCUAGUGUGUAAAUAUUUAUUUAGACUAUUUUAAUAAUACAUAUUAUUUACCCCACUGUAACAUCAUGUAAACUAAAUAUGUUUUUAAACAAUUUUUAAGACUUGUAAUUACCCUGGAAAUAAGGUUUAUAAUGCAAAGACCAGACCCUUCACCACGGCAGCACUCUCGGGGGGCUGCUCUUCCACAGUCUCAUACUCGAGGCCACUUUAUUGACUCCCUUUUACACAAACCUCUUUUCCUCCCAACUCAUUCUCCGCAGAGGGCAGCCCUCAAGACAUUUUCCAGUUGCACAUCUCUUUUGCCACAUGGAUGAUAUUGAUUUAUACAUGAUGGGAGAGGUUCUAGAAUGUACAGGAGAAAAGCACUUGCAUUAGGGCAAGAAAUCCCGGUGACUAGCCACAGUUUGAGAAAACCAGCCUGCUUAGUUGGAAAAUAAUUCUCUUAAAAUAGUUUUUUAAUGAUUCUCUAAAAGGCAACAUUUUAAAAAGUAAAAAGAGGAGUCCCUUAGUGGUUCAGCAGGUAAGGGAUCUGGCGUUGUCACUGUUGUGGCUCUAGUCACAUCUGUGGCAUAGGUUCGAUCCCUGGCCCCAGAACUUCCACAUGCCACAGGUGCAGCCUGAAAAAAAAGAAAAAAACAGGUGAAAUUGAUUUUAAUAUAUUUUAUUUAAUACAAUUAUCAAAAAUACUAUCACUUCAAUGUGGAAUCGAUAUAGAAAUUAUUAAUGAAAUAGUUUACUUUCCUUUUUUCAUAUUAAGUCUUUGAAAUCCAGUGUGUAUUAAUAAGCACAUCUCAGUUUGGACUAGCCAUGUAUUUAAAGUUUUCAGUAGCCACAUGUGGCUACCGUAUCGGACAGUGGAUCUAUACUCAUUCCUUCAAAUAAAAUAUUCCAUUAAUCUCACUAUAUGGCCAACUCCCUGUUAUUUAGGGGCUGAUUAUCUAGUUUUGUAGCUCCUCAGCCUCUGAUUUAUUGUUAUUUUUCGCUUUCUGCCUUGUGGCUGCUUUAUUUAUCUUUUGCCUAUCCCCCAAAGCCAGAAUAUGCUAGUGAAAGAAAGCAAGCUGAGAUGGGAACUGCACCAGGAACUCUGGUAAAGGAUCCUCUGGGAGGGGAGAGAGUCCAGUCAUUAGCUUAGAGGUGUUUGUGGGAUCAUCUGCAGAUUUAAUGCCUACUUUGUUGCAGACUUGAUAAGAAAACUUUGUCUUGACACAAUGCUCUUAAGUCUUUCCACAUUAAAUAGAACUUAUAUGGUAGAACUGAUUCUCAAGACAGGCCACAAAGGCCAUUACUGAUAGAAACAGCCUUGCCAAAACUCUGGAACACACUCUGUCUGGGUUUUUAUGCUUGGGGGUUGGGGGAGGGGGAGGACUGAAUAGCAAGCCCUCGUUUCAGAUAAAAGAAAUCUAUUCAUCUGAAAGUUUUUGAGCCUCUUUCUGCCUCUCAGCAGAAAAGGUAGAUCAGGAAGGGCUGCCCUAGGGCAUAUGCCAUCUCCUGCAUCAGUGAAACCCUGGGAGUGACCAGCAUGCUAACAGGCAUCAGUAAAUCCACAGUCUUUCUGUCCUUCCUGCCUCUUAAAAGACCCCUAGUCCCCAGUGCCAAGUCCUCUUGAAGCUAUGCUGCCUCAGGCUGUUUAGGGACCAUUGCCUGUCUAUUGGUCACAUGAGUGUCUCCUUAGCUGUAGUCCCUGGGCAAUGCUUGCUUAAUGCUUUCGUUGAAUCAACAGAGGGCCCGAGGCCUUAGAUAUUUUUAAGGUCUCUGCCCCAGGCAUGGUGCUCAAUAUCUUGGCCAAAUAAAUUACUUUCCUUGAAUAUCCAGGAAUCUUUAGACUAAAGCAAUGAGGAGUUAUCACCUCACCCUCAAACUCCAACAUAAUCUAUGCCUUAGAGUUGUUUUCGUUGUCUGCUUUAAUGUAAAAGCAAGAGUGUUUGGAGCAAGCUGCAGUACUCCAAAUACACAACAGGCCUUUUCUUUCUCAUUCAUACAACAUUUCUGGUUUAGGUAUAUGUAGAUGGGCCAUGUUAUUUGUCCAGAGGAAGAGAGUGUAAAGAUAUAAGAAUAAUUUUUUAGUCCUAAAUGCUGUUUUGUUUAUUUUCUGUCAAGAUAUUUACCAGUGUCAGAUUCAAACUGUAGUACUGUGUAAUUAUGUAUAAAGGUUUUUUUUUUUAUUUAUUUGAAUUUAGACUAGAUAUACAUUUUUAAAUUUAACAUCUGGCUGGACAGUGUCCUAUUAACUCAUUGAAUGUGUUUCCUUUGUCUUGUGUUAAUAAAUAUUGAUGCCUGA